CACUACGGCAUUCCCACAAACGCAAGAGUUGCCAGAUUUCUUCUCUUCUCUUCUCUUGCCUGCCCUAUAGCACGCAGCAGCCAGCAGGUAGCCAGAAGAUCGAGCCAGGCCGGCCGGCUUGCGCUAGCUGUAGCAAUUGUAUUCGAUCGAUCGAGGCCCCAGCAGCUAGCUAGCUUAAUUAGCCAUGGAGGAGGAGCUGCAAGUGCCGCCGCCGCCGCCGCUUGAUGAGAGCGGCUGGCGGAGCAGCGGCAGCGACGACGAUGGCCCUCGGCGCCGGCGGGAGUCCAUGGUGAACAAGCUCAUCUCCACGGUCUACUCCGGGCCCACCAUCAGCGACAUAGAGAGCGCUCUCUCCUUCACCGGCGGCGCCGAUCAGAAUAUUAAUAUUAACCUGGCUGAUGAUGCCAUGGAUAACUACAGCUCCGGCGGCGUCUCCACCAGCCCAGCGGUGGUUCUCUCCCCUGCAGAGACGAAGGUGUUGAGCAAGAUGGAGAACAAGUACACGCUCAAGAUCAAGACCUCUGGGAACGGGCUUGCAGAGGAUGGCUACAAAUGGAGGAAAUACGGGCAGAAAUCCAUCAAGAACAGCCCCAACCCAAGGAGCUACUACCGUUGCACGAACCCUCGGUGCAACGCGAAGAAGCAGGUGGAGCGCGCGACAGACGAGGCGGACACGCUGCUCGUCACCUACGAAGGUCUCCACCUGCACUACACCUACUCCCACUUCCUCCUGCAACACCACCAGCAGCAAGCCCCUCCUGCUCCAGCAGCAGCAGCAGCAGCAGGCAUCAGCAGCAAGAAGCCCAAGCUGCAGCCGCGCGGCGGUGGCCCAGCAGCGCCAGGAGAUCUAGACCGCCUAUUCCUCCUCCACGGCGGCGGCAGCAGCUGGCAGCAUGCUGCAGCGGCAGCCUCGCCAAGAAGAAGAGAGGAUGGACUGAUCCCUCAUCAACAAGAAGCAGAGGGCUACGAUGACGACGGCUUUGUUGAUCAUCAUCGUCGUCACCAGCAGCAGCACAUGAGUAGUAAUAAUAAGGGCCAGGGCCAGGGGGGGCUGCUGGAAGACGUUGUGCCGCUGCUUGUCCGGCGCCCCUGCAGCAGCAGCGGCGGCGGCGGCGGCGGCGGCGCCAGCACCUCCACCCCAAUUGCCGCCGCCAGCAGACCGACGUCGUCGUCCUCCGUCUCAUCAUGGAAUAAUAACCCAACGUCGCCCUACUACAGCAUCGACAUGGCCAUACUCUCCAACAUCUUCUGAUGAUCAACUCCAUCGAUCGACAAGUGUGUGUGUGUGUAUAUAUAUAGUACUACACUAUGUAUAUAGCUAGAGUAAUGUAAUGGAAUGGAAUGGAAUGGAAUGAACGCCAGUGCAGUCUACUACUAAUAACUACUAUUAGUACUAGAUGAUUGAUGAGGGUAUAUAUGUAUAAUAAAUAAAGGGAUGGAUU